GGAUAAACAGGAACGCGCGGCCGUCGCUUGGCAGUGACGCGGCACGCAAGAGGCGGUGGGGACGUGCGCGCCCUCGCUCCUUCCUCUUUCUCGACUCCAUCUUCGCGGUAGCGGCAGCGACUGCCGCGGUCCAGUCGCCGACAUGCAGCUUUUUGUCCGCGCUCAGCAGCUCCACACCCUCGAGGUGACCGGCCAGGAGACGGUCGCCCAGAUCAAGAGUCAUGUAGCCUCGCUGGAGGGCAUCGCCCCGGAAGACCAAGUCAUCCUUCUGGCCGGCGCGCCCCUGGAGGAUGAGGCGACCCUGGGCCAGUGCGGGGUGGAGGCGCUGACCACUCUGGAAGUCGCCGGCCGCAUGCUGGGAGGUAAAGUCCAUGGCUCCCUGGCCCGUGCGGGGAAAGUGAGAGGCCAGACUCCCAAGGUGGCCAAGCAGGAGAAGAAGAAGAAGAAGACGGGCCGGGCCAAGCGGCGGAUGCAGUACAACCGGCGCUUUGUCAAUGUGGUGCCCACCUUCGGCAAGAAGAAAGGUCCCAACGCCAACUCCUAACUCUGUAAUCCUGGCUUUUUGGAAUAAAGCCGCGCAUAGUCCAGA